UCCAACUUCCCACGUGAAAGAAAAUCAUGGCAAACAAAGGAAGAAGAUAAUGGUGGGAGUCGUGUCAUUUUCUCGUUCGCAGCUGCUCCUACGCUCUCCUUCCCGCUCAGAGCGUUCUUUCACCAAUAAUUUAGGAAAAAACUUGCGUAAGAAAAGACCCAAAUCAGAGUUUGGCUUACAUAUAUGUUGUAAUGCAAAAGGCAGAAUGUACUGCAGUGCUUUAUUCAGUUCUGGAUUGAACCCAAAUGAAGAACUCGAAUCGAGAAUCCCCAUUUCGAUUCCCAGUAGGUCGUUCGAGAAAGGACAUGUUCGAUUGUCCAUUUCAAGACCCCAACUCCCAUCAUCUCUAAAUAUCAGACAUCAAUUCUUGUUCGAGAGUAGAAUUAGAGUUGCUGCUGGAAGUCAGGGGGGGUUGUCUGAUGAAGAUGAUGACCUUUGCCCAGUGGAUUGUGUGAGAGAAUUCAAGACGGACGAAGAUUUCCUUAAAAUUCUAGACAGGGCGAAGGAAACUGGUGCCUUAGUCGUGGUGGAUUUUUAUCGAACAUCUUGUGGGAGCUGCAAGUAUAUAGAACAAGGGUUUGCAAAAUUGUGCAAGGGCUCUGGCGAUGAAGAGACUCCGGUUAUCUUCUUGAAGCAUAAUGUCAUCGAUGAAUAUGAUGAACAAUCUGAGGUUGCUGAACGACUAAGGAUCAGGACAGUGCCACUGUUCCAUUUCUAUAAAGAUGGGGUCUUAUUAGAAGCAUUUCCUACCAGAGAUAAAGAGAGGAUUCUUGCAGCCAUAAGCAAAUAUUCGUCUUCUGCACUUCAAAUUUGAUUUUGUCAUUAUUCUUGCAUACUUCCACCUUUCAUAGAAUAGUAGUAAAGAAAACCAAAAAUAUGAUACAAACUUGCUCUGGCCCUUCAUAUGAUGUGAGUUCUUGGGAACCAUAUUCUUGAUAAGUAUUUUUUCUGUGUAAAAGAAUCAGUGAUUUUAUCGCCGUAAUUUGAUAAAUUAUUAGAA